AUGGCCAAAAGCGCGGAACAAGAAGUGGAAAAGAUGAAACAGUUGGAAGAAAGGAUAAAAGCGCCUUCAAUAUGGGGUCGAGUCCCUUGCGGUGUAAGGUUCGAGGAUUUACAAGACAGGAGAUAUGAGGACGCUGUGCGACUUCUGAAGAAACAUUAUUUACCUGAAGAGAUUACGUACCGAUCAGUCAAGAUAGCCGACAAUACAGAGGGUGUCGACGAAUUCACCCACAAUGUGAGGAUAUGGAUGAAAGACAAAAUGUCGAUAGCAGCUGUUAAAGAAGACACAGAAAAGUUGGUUGGUGUACUCAUCAUGAGGAUUCAGGAGAAAAGUGCUUUCUCCAGAACGUUCAGCCGGGUGAAGAUCACCUACAAUCCGCAAUACACCACUGUGAACACUUUUUAUAGAGCCAUCGAGAAGCCAGUGGAUCUCUUUGAGAAGCUUGGUGUGAAACGUUACUUCAAAAUUUAUCUACUCGCCUUGAAGACCAGGUAUCGUCAUAGGGGAUUAGCGAAAGAAAUGCUAAAAGCAGCGAUAUCGCUUAGCAUAAACGCGAAUGUGCCGGCCAUAUCUGGCAUAUUUACCACUGCUCGAGGACAACAAGUCGCUGAUGAACUUGGCUUUGAGAAGUUCCAUGAACUUCAUUAUGUUAGAUACGUUAUUGAUGAGGAGAUCGUGUUUUGGGACACUGGUCUUGGCAACUAUGGUGCUGCGCUCAUGGCGUACCGGAUCCCAUCUGUGGAGGAGCCAGAGGAAGUCCAGACCCAAGCGUCUUCCCGCUUCAACAUACAGCCGCCCAUCGAUGAUGAGGAGGAUGAAGAAUAAAAUUAUUGUAUAGAUUGUUAUUACUGUUCAAUGGCUGCUAGAAAUUUAAUAAUAAAUUGUUUUUGAGAUGGAAUAUUUUUUUCGAGUGUCGCUGGUCGCUGGAGUGUCGCUGAAUUUUUGAAAUUUUUGAAAAUUUGUGAACAUGAUUCAUGAUUUAGCAUUUAAAUAAUUAGUUUUCUUUCCUUUAUCUGACACUACAAUAAACCCGCGACUUUUUCCGCGUCAAUAAUCCCAACACAUAAUUAUUAUAUUACUAACUUCCCAAC